GAGAGGCGCAGUGCGGUCAAAGCUUCCGCCCAGUUUUCCGAUGCGCGACGGCCGAGUUGAAAAUGGAGUUCGUGCAGAGAAAGCAGAUCCUCUGAACUUCCACAGCGCUCUUGGUUUCUGCGUUAUUCUUAUCGCGUGUAUUUAUUUUCCUGAGACAGUCCGUUUCUAAUACACGUAUUAGUCUUUGCGUCGGAACAAUUUCCGAGUGCUCUAGAUAGAGAAAGCUGCACACAGAGGCGCUGGUGUUCACUGUUUUCCCAGUGUUGAAAGUUACCGAGAGGGAGUAGCUCGGUCCGGGCACUAAAUCCAACCAAAACAGAGCGAUUUAUUUUUAUUUUCGUGUGUGCACUCAUUGGUUUGAGACAAUCGUGGAAUUUGGGACUGAUCAGAGAAAAGGACGUUGAGGAUGAACACUCGGUUGCAGAUGGAUUUUAUUCAUUGGGAAGCUCCGAGCCAGCGGCCGCGGCUCCCGUUCUCCUUCUUCUGAACUGGCUUACGGGGAGCUGCGGAGCUCAGCUAUGCCCCGCCGUCACGGCUUACUCUCGCUGUUUUGUCACUAACUACGUUUCGACUAAAUAAAUGCGAACCAAAAUGGUGAUUUUUGCGCUUUAUUUCCUCGCCUUGACCGCGUCGUCGAUGCUAUUUGCAGGAUUUGGAUCCCCAUGAGGAAAAAAUGAGCGAAGAACCGACAAAUCCAAAUAACGAUGACAGUUAUGCGCGUGUGAGAGCAGUGGUCAUGACUCGCGAUGACUCCAGCGGUGGAUGGCUGCCUCUGGGAGGCGGAGGCCUCAGCUGCGUGUCGGUCCACAAAGUUAGUCGUCCGGACUUGGAUAGCCCCAACGGUGUGGAUUAUCUCAUCCAGGGGGAGCGACUCAAAGACAAGUUGAUUGUGCUGGAGUGCAUUAUAAAGAGAGACCUUGUCUACAACAAAGUCAACCCUAUCUUCCACCAUUGGAGAAUCGACAACAAGAAGUUCGGCCUGACUUUCCAGAGUCCAGCCGAUGCCAGAGCUUUUGACCGAGGGAUACGGCGAGCCCUGGAGGACAUAAAGCAAGGCUGUCCGGUGUACAGUGACUCAGAGGUUCCUGAAGAUGGAUUACAGGUUAACCAGGAACCUUCCUCAAUCUGCACGCCCAUCAGAGAGCCGUUCUCCCCACAUGGCAGAGUGGUGUCCACCGAGCCUUUCCGCAGCUGUUAUGUGCGUGCUCAGCCGUUUGAGGAGUUCCACAGCCCCAGUCACCGCUAUCUGCCCCCGCAGGUCCCUUUCUCCUCAACACGCCACGUGAGCUUUCACAUGGACGACGAAGAGGUCGUUCGGAUCAACCCCCGCAAGGACGUCCUCAUCCGCGGUUAUGAGGACUACAGGCACCCGGUCAUGUGGAAGCAGGACACAGAGCGUGACGAUGCUGAUUUCUCCACCACGUUCACCAAAGUGGACAGCAAGAAAAGUGAGUAUUCGUUUCUGGAAGGCUCCGAGCAUCGCACAGGCACCAAGGACUCGAUUAAAACUCAGCAGCCUUCGCCUUUACUAAAGUCUAAGAAAUCUCGGAGACGGCGGGAGGACGGUGAGCGGUCGCGCUGCAUAUAUUGCCGUGAGAUGUUCAACCAUGAGGAGAACCGACGUGGAGAGUGCCAGGAUGCACCAGACCCUAUCAAACAGUGCAUCUACAAGGUGAGCUGCAUGCUGUGCGCGGAGAGCAUGCUCUACCACUGCAUGUCCGACUCGGAGGGCGACUUCUCGGACCCAUGCUCGUGCGACUCCAGUGAAGAGCAGUUCUGUGUGCGCUGGCUGGCACUUCUCGGCCUCUCCAUCAUAGCACCCUGCAUGUGCUGCUACCCACCGCUGCGGGCCUGUCACCACUGCGGAGAGGCGUGCCACUGCUGCGGUGGGAAACACAAGGCCGCCGGCUGAGCCGAGCCGACGAGGGAGAAACACACGGCAUCGUGAAGAAACAACCGCCGCCGUCGCUUUUCUUUUUUCAUUCACCCCUGGAGGCGGGUGAGGUGGUCCACCCGCCACUUUGGAAGCUUUGGAGAUUUGAUUUGGCCGAGAGCAGCAGAAGCCAAUGACCGGAUCUUCUUGGGCUCUCGAGCUCACGUCAUGGAGCUCGUUACGGAAGGGAAGGUGUUUACGGAAUAAACUCGAAUCACAAAAUGAGCAAAAAAUUAUAAUAAAACAAGACAAAAACAAAUAAAUCACUUGACAUACAAAUGUCAGACUUUCAUUACAAAUAGCGCGCAACCUUUGUGAAGGAAUGUUGUCUUUUGUACAGAGAUCAAAACUAUAACAAAGAAAAAACUGGUUGUGCAUACAGAGGAUCUGCUGUAUGGGUAUGGUAAAAGGGAUAUUUUCUUGCUUUAUGCGAAUUUGCAGUAGGGUUAAAGUGGCCUUCUCUUUCGACUGGAGCAUUCGCUGACUGUGUAAUUAUUAGGCAAAAGAAAACAUGCACUAGUUAAGUGUUCUCCCUUGAAAGGCAACCCUCAUAAAUUAUGAUACAUACACUAAAAACACUUUGGGCAAGUUGAAGCAGUAGAAAGGUAGUAUGACACAGCCUUUGGUAUUAAUCGCGCUAAGGUUUAAAGUACAUCCUUCUGUAAUUAGCAAGAUUAUUUGGACCACACAGGUGCAUUCCAGCAUUGAGUGAGUGAGUCGACACAGCUGUCCACAUUUACUCCUGGUUCAGUUCCAUGUCAAGGUCAGCAAAAUAUUGAUAGACCAAUUAGUCAGGAAAUGUACAUUUCACUUUCAAAUUCAUCUCAUUUUAAUCAGAGUGAGACUUUUCAGUGUUUUACUUGUUUUCAAGCUGAAUUGCGCUCAACCAGCAAGUUUUUCUUUGAUGACAUGUCACAUUUUGGGAUUGUACCGAUCACGGUUAAAAGGGUGUCCAAAUUCUAUAAUUGAUCAAGGCACUUGUAUUCAUUUUAAAGUGGGAUACCCCUCUAUUUGAGUUGUUCCAUUUAAAUGCCCCUUAUGAAAGCACUCACUUCAAAGCUUUGGUUACAGCUUCAUGUCUACGUUUUAUCUUCCAUCCAGCAUGUAGUCUCUGUCAUAGUUUAGAGAGUUUGUGCAUUAUUUUUCUGCGUUUCUCAAUGCACCCAAAACAAUAAAAAAAAAAACACACAAAGUAAAAUUUAUUUAUAUAAUUUGAAGCUCUAUAUAAGAUUUCUCCCAACACUAAAGAUUCAUUACCUGGUUUAGGGAAGGCCUGCAGAUUCGCAAACCCAAUGACAAGCAAGUCAUCAUCAGUUAUUAUUAGGUAAAAUUACUGGGCACUGCAUUUUGGCGAUUUUUUUUUUAAAUAGCAAAGUUUUUUUUCUCUGUUGGUAAGGAAAGUUACUCAGAAUUUCUAAAGGGCCAGUACGAGGCGCUCCAUACUCCAGUUCUCUGAUCUCCCUGUGCAUUUUCCAUCAACACACUUUACUUUCUAUGCAAAUAUUUCCAUGGGAAACACUUAGAUCUCUCGCUAAAAUUCGGUAAUGUGACACUUUAAUAUUGUAGAUGUUAAUCUUGGUACCAAACUCAAAAACCUUAUGUAAAUAUGUAACACUAUAUUUAAGCAACAAUAAUAAUCCCGUUCAAAUUUUUAAAGAGAGAGUUGUAUUUAUCACUGCUGUCGGUAUAUACUAUAGCUUGAGUUGACAGCAUUAUGUACAUAGGUCACCUUUUAGUAUUAUUUCACAUUGAAAGUAGAGGGCGUACAUGAUGAAAAUGAUUGAGCUUUUACUAGAGAUUGUCUCUAGUUUUGUAUUGCAGAAAGAAGGCUAGAGAAGGUACAGUCGUGGCAGUCCACUUCUCAAAGGUUUCGUCAUAUGAAGCUGCUAGAAACAAUCACUAAUUAUGUGCUGAGAGGAAUAAAAUUCAGCUAUGGAUGACUGUUAAAACUAAAAUCGUACUUUAGAUUUGUUGAUUUUUUUUUUUUUUUGGUCUUUUCGUUAAGCACACCCAAUUUAAUGUUUCCAGGUUUUUUUUUUCUUCUUCCCGUACUGUAUUGAAUUGCAGUUUGUUUUGUUUUGUUUUUUAUGUCGCAAGCUGAACCAAGGUUUGAAGAAACCUUAAUAAAACUUGCUGGCUGAGAAGACAUGUAGAAUAGGCCACAUCCAUACAAUAGUGUAGACAGAUACUGUAAUGCUUAGUUUCAUUCUGCAUUAAGCAGCACGGUGAAGCCACAUGUAAUGUGUUGUAUUAAAUAUGCAACCUGUCUGCUUUCUUUGCUUCCUUUCCAUUCGCCGUUAACUUAGCAUUUAUCUGUCUUCAGUUUUUUUUAACCACUUGCUGCUAGUCUUUUAUUUUUGAACUCUUGGACUUUGUGUAUAACUCUGGAAUGCAUAAAAGAUGAACAUUCUUUACUGUUUAGAGAAAUGCUUAUGUAAAUCUGUCAUUUCAGUGUGAUGUAAAAGAAAAAAGAAAAAAAAAACGGCAACAGCUACAGUAUGUUCACAGCAGUUUAGUGGUUUCUUUGGAAUUCUUCGAUGCUUUGGUGCACUGACAUGUAGCUAGGCUUUCCCCCCUCUUCAUAGCGCUUGAUGAUGUAAAGUUCACGUGAUUAGUUUUUGCAGUUGUGAAGACAUUUGUGUUAUUGGUAAUUGCAGUAUAAAUGGUACUCUGAUGAUUCCACUAUGAACACUGCCUGGUUCUUUACUCUGCAUCUCUGAGUUUUAGUGCCAUCUGCUUCACCCACUGACAACCUCGAAAAAGUGCCUCACGUCCAUCACAAGUUCCAUCCAAAACUUAACCGCUCUUGCUAUGGUUGUAUUGGUUUAUACACGUCUAGGUAUUUGUAUCAUGGUUUGAAAAAUACCAAGUAUAUGAUGUAAUAUUUAUAGUUCAGUAACUCAUGUCAUAGUUGUAUUUUCUUUAUACAGAUGUAGCUUGUUAUGUUUCAUAAAUAUAUAAUGUAAAUAUGCAUACAAAUGUUUGUAACUGUUUUUAUGUUACAUCAUACACUUGUAAUUUGACAUAUAAAAUAACAUUACCAUAAUAAAAGGUGAGUUUUAA